GCUUGAAAUUGCAGAUUGGUGCAUCUUGCCAUAUUAUUUUAAGGGUGUUGGAAGAGAAUGUGUAGUUCUGUGUUGGUAUUUUGGCUCCAAUGAAAGCUCAGAAAUCCCUAGUAACCAACCUCUCUGGAGCUCAUGAUCAUGUUACAAGAUGUACUAAUGCAGCAUGAUCUCACAGCAUCAGUAGCUCAAGUCCUAGGUGAGAGGCAGUGUUUUCAUAAAUGGGCUGCAAUGCCUCUUGAAGGGGAUUCAAUGCUAAAUUUGGACUAUCUCAAGUGUUUGAACACUGCUCAACUUCUGGAGCUCCUGGAAGACGAGGAAAGGAUGCGAGAAACAGUCAGACACAAUUCAAAGUUACAGCAUCUUCAGAGGUGUAAAAAGAUCUUGAUGGCCUCCAACUGUUGGCUUGCAGAGCAGAACUUAGCACAUCAGCCACAUCUGAACAACUCUAAAAAGCUUUUAGCUGAAAAGUACCAGAUUCUUGGUCAGAUGGUGUCUUCAGUGCGACACAAACAGAGAAAGCUGGAAACUUUGCAGCAGAAACUCAGCCUUCGAACGAUUCAUAAGCUUCUUAAGGAGAAGACCAAUCAUUCCUUGAGUCAAUCUGAGAAUCUCUGGCAGAAGUUCAUAGAAGGAAAGCUUCUGCUGACAGAUUUUGUGGAAUCACUUCAAAGUUCUCAGGUGUUGUGUCAUCGACGGCUUUUUCAAGUUGAGAAGAUCCAUAACCUCAUCAUACACGCACAAAUAUACAAUCAGGAUGCUGAUUUUAGCCAUUUUGAGCGUCAUCCAAACUUCCUGCACUCACCGACCACAAUCAAUGUUUUCAGUGGCACCGCUCCUGUUAUCUUGCUGCCUGGUUUCCAGUAUCCUCAUUUAUCUCCAAUAUCACAUCUUCCUCCUCUAAAGCAUACUGGCUGUGUUGACACAUGCUCGACUUUGAUAUCCAAAAAUGAAUCGAGCACUGAGACUCGCCGAUGGCCAAAAAGACAUGCUGCUUUACAGCCACUUGACAAGAUUCAACCUAACAUUUACCAGACUCCCAAGUAAAGGUUGUGCUGGUGA